AUGUCAAGCGAACCUUUCAGAGUCAUCAUCAUCGGCGGUGGACCCAGCGGUAUCACCGCCGCCCACGCACUACACCAUGCCGGGAUCGACUUCAUUGUGCUCGAACGCAGGACCAACAUCGUCGAGGAUCUCGGGGCAAGUAUUGUCCUGGGCGCGCAGAGUCUGCGCGUUUUCCACCAGUUUGGCAUCCUCGACAGACUCAUGGACAUUGGCGGCAAGCUGCACCAGAACAAGGGCUUCACUGUCGACGGAUACAAAUUCAAAGAUGCAAAGACAAUGGCCGUGUUGAAGAAGAACCACGGCGCAGAACCCGUCGCAUUCCACAGGGCACACCUCAUCGAGGCUCUCUACAACGGCCUCCCAGAGUCCGCCAAAGCUCGCUACUUGACCGGCAAGAAGCUCGCCGGCAUUGUUUCCACCGAGACGGGCGUGACCGUCUCCUGCGAAGAUGGUUCAUCCUACCACGGCUCCAUCGUCAUCGGCGCCGACGGCGUGCACUCGGCCACCCGCCGCCAGAUGCGCAAGCUCGCCGUCGCCGAAGACCCCGCGCGCGAAGCGACGUGGGACGCCGUGAAGCCCUUCAAGACGCUCUACCGGUGCAUGUGGGCCUCGUUCCCCCGGCCGACCGAGUGCGGCCAGAGCUACGAGACGCAUGGGACCGAUAGCUCCGCCAUGUACAUCACCGGCAAGGACCGGGGCUGGAUCUUCUUGUACGAGAAGCUCCCCGAACCAACGACGGAGCGCAUCUCCUUCACCGAUGCAGAAUUGGAAGAGUUUGCCGGCCGAUUCGCCGACUGGCCCGUGACGGACACGCUCAAGGUCAAGGACGUCUUCCAGGAGCGCUUCAACGCCGGCGGCGCGGGUCUGGAGGAGGGCCUCUGCGAGAACUGGAGCUGGAACGGGAGGGUCGUGCUCGUCGGCGACGCGGCGCACAAGUUUACGCCCAAUGCCGGCCUGGGCUUCAACAACGGCGUGCAGGACGUCGUGGCGCUCUGCAACAGGCUGCAAAAAUUCGUUGUCUCCGAGUCCGAGUCCGAGUCCGGGUCCGCGAAGACGACGACAACGCCCGACUUUGCGGCGCUCGAGGCCCAGUUUGAGGCCUUUAGACUGGAGAGGCGGGAACAGUUGGAGAUGGACUGGGAGCAGUCUGCGCGCUUGACGAGGAUGCACGCGUGGGCCUCAACGUGGGACUGGAUCAUGGCGAGGUACGUCUUGUCGUGGACUUUUGUCCAGAAGAUCUUCAUCACCUACGUUGUGUCGCCGAAUGCGCAAAAGGCGAGAGUAUUGGACUUUAUCUCGGCGUCGGAGCCGUUUGAGGGCACCUACAAAUGGCUGCACCCGAUGGCCAGCUUGAAGAAUAGCCCGUCCGUAUAG